AUGUGGGAGGCGAAGGUGGAACCCAACGUUAUCAGCUAUAGCACUGGGGUCAGCGCGUGCGGAAAAAGCGAGCAGUGGCGGCAGGCUCUGGCGCUGCUGAGCGAGAUGCAAGAUUCGAAGCUGGAGCCCAACGUCAUCAGCUACAGCGCUGGGAUCAGCGCGUGCGAGAAAGGCGCGCAGUGGCAGUGGGCUCUGACGUUGGUGAGCGAGAUGUGGGAGGUGAAGCUGGAGCCCGACGUCCUCAGCUACAAUGCUGGGAUCAGCGCGUGCGAGAAAUGUGAGCAGUGGCAGUGGGCCCUGGCGCUGCUGAGCGAGAUGUGGCAGACGACACUGAAGCCUGAUGUCUCAGCUACAGCGCCGGGAUCAGUGCGUGCCAGAAAGGUGGCCAGUGGCAGCAGGCUUAUUCGUUUCUCAGCGAGACGCGAGCGGUGA